AUGGCGAAAGGAUGUCAUGCCUUUCACUACGCCAUGAUCUCCUCUGCAUAUGCUGCGAGUCAGAUGAUCAGUUCACCCAUCUUGGGCAUGUUAUCUGAACGCAUUGGUCGAAGACCGAUCCUCCUGGGUGGCCUCGCGACCACUUCGGUGGUGUACCUGUUGAUGGCUAACGUCACCACUGUUUUCCAGCUGCUGUUGGCCCGCGCCACGCUGGGGUUCCUCAGCGGCGCCGCGGCGGUGGAAGUGGCCUUUGUCGCGGACUUGACGUCGAAGACGGAUAGAGUGGACUGGGUGAACAUGCAAACCAGACUCCAAUCUGCUGGGUGUUUGUUGGGUCCAGCCAUCGGCGGAAUGGUGGCACCAUACUCCAGAGCUGACAAUGACGCCACGAUGAGAUUUGAAUUUGAGCACCUUUGCUAUGCGAUUUCCAUCCUGGUGAUGUUGAACUUUCUCAUAGGCAUCAGGUUCUUCACUUGCCCGCCAUCCAUCCACAAGGCCGUUGCUAUGCCGCAGAGUCCUCAAUCAGAUCGACCAAAACGAUUCGUGAGUUCUUACUUUCUGAAGCAGUCCACCAUGAUCCUCCUCCUGGUUUGCUUUUUAGAUGCCUUUUCGCUCGCAGUCAGUGACGGACCGGAAGCCUUCUUCCUGCAUGACAAGUUUGGCUUUGCGGCAGCGCAGCAGGCCACCUUUAUGAUGACCUGCUCGGCGUCGUCCUUGAUCUGGGGCUCCCUGGCGCCAUACGUCAUCGGCCUUUGCCCAGCCAAUGUGGUUUGCAUGUUGUUUUCUCUCUUCUCGGCGGCAGCCAUGGUGCUGAUGAGCAUGACAAGAUAUUGCUGGACGCCGUAUGUCUAUGCCAUCCUCUUCGGCUCUUCGGUCACCAUUGUGGAAGUGGCCAGCAAGACGACUCUCGUGGGACAGCUGGUCCCUGAAAAAAAGCAGGGAGCUGUCUAUGGCAUGGAGCGUGGACUGCUGAAUUUGGGCUUCUCCUUGGGUCCACCGGUGGGUGGCAGCAUCUACCAGUUCUCUCUAGGUUUGCCCUACAUGGUGUCGGCGUGUUGUCUCUGCGUGAGCAGCUUGGUGUAUCUCAUGCUGCCGAGCCGCUCCAGAGGUCAGCCGUUACUUCCGGAGGAUGACGACGAGGGCGGCAGCCGCGAAGCUUUGGAGCACUGGAGCAACCAGGCCCCACUUCCGGCGAAGAGGAUCGGCGCCGUGAUUGUGGCGGAGCGCGCCCGUCGUGUCUAUUUUGUGUGCCCUGAGCUCUAUGAAGCCUACCGCAACAACAACCGGAAUUUGGUACGGCGACACUCUGGGGGAGAGCUGCCAGGCUCCUCGUCCGCCUUUGCUGCUCUGCGAUCCAAUACCAUCGGUGAACCACUGUCGCAAGUGCUCGACAGGCAGGAACGACAAGUUUCCCUUGGCGAUGAGGUGGUCCGAUAUUCUGACCCAGACCUCAACAAACUGUCGGACAGUCAGGCUGGUCAUAUCGCGGUUCUAUACAAUGUGGCAGAUGGAGCCAGCAUCAGACGAGGCGACAGGCCAUUGCUGAUCGUUGGCAUGACAUCCUUACCAUCCAGAUUGGAAGGCGCCUGUGCAGCAUUGAACUCGAUUAUUGCACAGAGCAUGAAGCCUGAUCGAUUGAUUUUAUCGCUCCCGCGGAAGUCUCUACGUGAAGGUCGCAGCUAUGAACUGCCAAAGAUCCUGGUGACGCUUCUGACGGAGCACAAGACAUGGAUGGAGGUGCAUUGGAUGGAGGAAGACUUUGGACCCGGCACCAAACUACUUGGUGUCGCAGAUUGGUUUCAGAAAAAGCUGGGUCAGCCAGUGGAGGGUGACAUGCUGAUGCUCCUGGAUGAUGACCAUCAUUAUUUGCCUCACGCCAUAGGCGACCUAUGGCAGAGGCAACAGUCCCUGGGCGUGGGAUAUGUGAGCUCCUUCUUCGCUUAUUUUUUUCGUGGCAUCAUGGUCCCGCAGGGAGCAGAUAUCGUUGCCCUGCCGCUGGAGUUCUCCACGCUAAGAAGUCUCCAAGACUUCCACAGGCGUUUCGUACUGGGUGAUUCUGCUGCAUUCCUGGUCGACGACCUCUGGUGCGCGAUGUUCUACUUCCUUCGUGGGAAGGAAGUGCGUUCCUUCCGCGAAGAUGUGAUUGCGAGGGGAUUGGAGACCAUCUACACUCGAACGGCCAAUGCGUCAGUUGAAGCCUUAAUGGACCUGGAGGGCACAGCGCGGCGUGAUCGCGCCAUGCUUCAAUGCUUCCAGGGUUUGCUGCAUCGUCUUCUUGCUGCAAGCGAUGGUCUCGCAUUUGGAGGUGAAAUGGCAGUGAUGCGCUUGCGACGUUUGGCCCAGGAAGUGCAUCAAGCAGAUCGGCGGAUCGAUGAGUUGUCCAGAUGGCUGUCACAAGGCGCUGCGAGUUGCGAUUCGCGCCUGGUGCACCAAGCGGAACAGGAGUUGGGCAAACUGCGAAACUUGUAUCUUGGGUGCUGA